UUUCGUUCGGCGAUGGAAAGUGACCAAGAUAAUUGAACUCACCUCGUGUUAGCAGAGUAAAGUCAAGAGGUUGGUUGUGACGACAUACCAGGCCUUGCCCACUAAACCAGURGUUAAUAUUAAACCCAGCUAUGAAUGAGAUGGUAGUGUGUACAUCAGGGCGAAAUUGAAACUCAUGCUGAAAGAUUUCCUUGAACACCGGAUGCGUGUUUGAACAAUUAGCGAAGGGUCACUUUACAUAGAACGCGUUGUUGUUUCAYRCAGGCCUUUGGAAAAUCAUCAAAAUUCAUUACUUCAGUUCAUCCAUUCAUUGUCAACUUGGCGCCGAGUUCCCGUAGGCUAUUGAAGAYAUAUUAGAUCGCCAAUACACGUGUUUAGAAGACCGUCSACAUGAUAGUAACCCUUGCAUAGAGAACACGCUAAAGGAACCAGGCAUGUCGUCGGCAGGUUUCAACAACUCGUCAUCAUGUACGAACAAUACUUGUGGAGCUACAAACAUUCGUCGUUAUUUUUAUGUAGAACCAGAGCCUUUGAAGGUAUUUAGACUCAUUAUAACUGGGAUUGUCCUUUUUGCCUCACUCGUGGGUAACACAGUAGUGAUCAAAGCGAUACUUGGAAAACGCGGCAAACCGUUUGUUUAUUAUUUGGUGACAAAUUUAGCAGUUGGUGAGCUUAUCACUACCCUUUGUACGCCAUUUUUGGUAACAUACUCAGAGCUGGGUACUUGGAUCUUCGGUGAUUUCUUCUGUCGCCUUCUUCUACCCCUUAGUCAAACGUCUUUGACUGUUGUCACUACAACAAUUGCUGUGAUAUCUGUCCGUCGCUACCAAGUCGUUUCAGGAGUAGGUUUGAACUUCCCAGCAACAAAGAGAGGUGUUUGGCUAAUAAUCGGUGCUAUUUGGCUUUAUGCUUUCGCUGCUUGUAGCCCAAUGUACGUUCUAUACAAACAAACGACCCGAUAUACAAAAAGAGUUGUGUUCUGCAUUGAAGCAGACGAAAGCUCUUGGUUCUCAGUAAUGAUCCAGCAUUACUACAUAGCUCGCAUAGUUCUUAUUUAUGGUAUUCCAGUGUUUAUCAUGAUAUUGUCAUACGGCGCUGUAACUAUAAACAUAAAGAAACAGGUCCAUUCAAUAAUCAAGAACGCUAGGCCAAGGGUCAACUCAACUCAAUCCAACACAAGAGUUACAGACUACAACCUUGACGCGCAUAGGAACUCGUCUCCUCCAAGCCUUCACCAUAUGAUACCAAUACAACAAAAUGUGAUCAGAGCUCAAGAAGAACCAAAUACUCGACCUGAAGUAAAUGUUUUACUCGACCAAGAGGGUGAUCUUACAAAGAUGUUCUACAUGAUCGUACUUAUCUUUAUCCUCUUCUACCUGCCUGCCAAUAUUUUCUAUAUUCUGGAGAUAACAAGAAGCUUUAAAUGGUUCAAGUCYAUGUUGAUAGUACGUAGCUAUCUCUAUCUUAUGAUGUACUUCACGCUAGCAUUGCAUCCUCUCUGCUACGGGACAAUGAGCCGGUUUUACGCUAAAGCGUUUAAAAAACUUAUCCUUUGUAAGUGUUGAAAAGCAAGGCGGCUUUGAUCUUGAAUUCACGGUAUUUUGGGUGGAUUUUAUGAACAAUUACCGAGGGGAAAUCAAUGUAAAAUACAAGAAAUUGUGAUCACUUUAAAGGCCAUGCUAUUCAUUAURUACUGUUGUUAUUCGAAUAAAAAUGAUAUCCGUGCGUGUAGAUUUCA